CCUGCUCCGACAGACAAAACUGUUAAUUAAGAGCACGGAAUGGAUGAAGAGUCGGACAUCUUCCCUACAGGGCAACUAAUUAACCAAUAUCACGAUCACGGCCACAACUUUACACCCGAUGGAUGGUCGCCCAUCCCUGCUUCCGUCCGACCACUGCGCGAAGCACACGAACCAUCCAGGCAUACAUCGUCAUGGAAACGUGCAUACAUUCCCGGACUCGUCAAGCACCGGCUGCGACUUCUGGUUGCAGUUGCCGUGGCGGUGAUCAUGUUCUGCUUUAGCCUCUCGGACACCGCCCUCCACACAAGUCCAGCUUCCCCGUGGGCGAAGGAGACCACGGAGGACAAGGAGACGAUCGUUCCCACACUUGAACUGAAAGUCGAGCGUCUUGUCCAGAAACACCGGGUGGAUCUCAACCGCUCGCUCGUUGGAGCGCUGUCACCCUGGCAGACCGCCUCCGCCUGGGUGACAUCUCGCCAGAUCAUACCCGACUUCGCCCCGCGUCUUGGGGCCAUUCUUGGCGCCUUGGCUAAGGGAGAAGUCACUCAGGCAAACAUCAACACCGCAGGCACACAGCUAAAGCUCACCUUGGAGUUGGAGGGUCAACAGAUGGUGGUCUUCAAGCCGAUGUUUUAUGAAAGGAGCACUUUUUUAGCACUUGCAGGUAAACUAGGCAGGGACAGACACAAUGCUGAAAUUGCGUCUUUUCACCUUUCAAGGAUUUUAAAUAUCCGAAGGGUUCCCUUAGCUGUUGGCCGCUUGCUCAAUCUUCGUGGCGAGGUCAUACCAGUGGCGACCCAGUCGCUUAUGGAGACUUUCUAUGUCAAAGAUGGCAGAGAUUGUUUCUACGGUGCGUGUCGCCACUGUACCGAACUAUCUGGUGUUUGUACGAAUCAAAAGCUGCUGGAAGGGGUGGUAAUUCUGUGGCUGCCACCUGAGAUAACUCUCAGCAAGGUUCGUCAUCCCUGGAGGCUAGACUUCAAGACAGCUAUCCUAAACAAGUUCAACGAAUCUGAAAACAGUUCGCACAAGACGUACUGUGACGUACUCCGCCGACUAGACGUGUACAGACGUCAUCGAUUCCUGCUGCUGGACAUCAUGGACACGGCCGUCUUCGACUUCCUCACUGGAAACAACGACCGUCAUCACGUCGAGUUCACCAAUGACACCGAUACUGGAAUGCUGGUUAUGUUGGACAACGGCAAAAGUUUCGGCAACCCUUAUUAUGAUGAAGUCGCCAUCCUCGCUCCAUUACAAGACUGCUGCAUGUUGAGGAUGUCCACGUGGAACAGCUUGCAGCUGCUGCGGGACGGUGUUCUCAGUCGGGUCUUGAAGGAGGUGUUGAGGUCCGACCCCAUCCACCCGGUGUUGAUAGACAGCCAUUUCCUGGCACUGGACAGACGGCUGAAGAAAGUGUUUCAGGAGCUGGACACGUGCGUGCAGACAACUGGCUUGGACAAUGUGCUAGUCGAUGAUGGUCUUUGAUAACGACCUCAGUGAAUUUAGGAGAAUUAUUGUAUAUAUUUACAUAAGCAUAGACAUUUGUAUGUUUAUGAAUGCAUUUAUAGCUGCGUGUGCAUGUGUUUAUAUAUGUGUGUGUGUGAGGAGAGAGAGAGACUUACAUCUGUGUAUGUGCAAACACAAACGCUGUACA